GUCGCUGGUUCCCUGAAGCUCUUCUUGGCCCAGUACCGUGAGGUUGCUGCUUUCGCCCAGUUUGGCUCUGAUCUCGAUGCUUCAACCAAGCAGACUCUGGCUCGUGGUGAACGCUUGACCGAGCUUCUCAAGCAGAAGCAGUACUCGCCCAUGGCUGUCAACGAGAUGGUCCCCCUCAUCUAUGCUGGUAUCAAUGGCCACCUCGACAGCAUUCCCGUCAACCAGAUUCUCAAGUGGGAGGCUGAUUUCCUGGCUCACCUCAAGACCAACGAGGCCGACCUGCUGGCCACCAUUGACAAGGAGGGUGCUCUGAGCAAGGACCUCGAGGCCAGACUCAAGGACGUCACUGUCAGCUUUGUCAAGAGCUUCCUCAGCUGA